AUGUCUCCGUCAUUGAAAUCUCGUGCUCAAGGCGCCAUCUGGGGCGUCUGCGUAGCCGAUGCCCUCGGCGGCCCCGUACAAUUUAAAGACCCAGGAACAUUCGAGCCGAUCACAUGCUUAAGAUUUGUCGCACCCUUCGAGCAACCAGCUGGAUCCUACUCCGACGACGGGUCUAUGACACUAGCCUUGGCAUGCUCCUUCAACAAGUCCAACAUGCAAUACAAUCAUGAGCUGUCAGUCAAAUACUUCGUCGAGUGGCUGACGAAAGGCCAUUUCAGCACUGUCAACCACUCGUGGGAUGUAGGACGCUCCACUCGGACCUCCCUUCGGCUGUGGGUGAAGUAUGGCAUGGAAAGUGGUGAUUUCGAACUUGCCCAGACGAUGGUCAUUGAUAAAUUGGAAUACGAAGAGUUCUCCGGGAAUGGCAGCUUGAUGAGAAUCGUCCCGAUUGGGUUGGCUUACUGGCGAGAUUCUGGAUUAGCGAGGGAAAUCGCCAGAAGACACAGCAAGAUCACUCAUCCCUCGCUCCCGUGUGUGGAAGCCUGUGAAGCUUAUACGGAGUUGGUUUGUGGCGUUAUGAAUGGUCAAACGAAGGAGGAGCUCUUCCACACUGUCUCCGUGUUCCCAUUUACUCAUCCUGCUCUGAAGGAGCGCUUGUCACGGUACAGAUACAGAACAAUCAGCGACUGGAAGAUCAAGGCGCCUAGUGAUAUGACGAGCAGUGGAUGGGUUGUUGAUACACUUGAAUGUGCCCUGUGGGCAUUCUUCAAGUAUGACACUUGGGAGAACGGGGCGUUGGCAGUCGUCAAUCUGGGUGGUGACUCGGAUACUGCAGGGGCUGUUUAUGGAGGUCUUGCCGGCUCAUUCUAUGGAUUUGACGCUAUUCCUGGUGAAUGGGUGAACGGGAUGCAGAAUAAAGGGUUUAUUGAAAGUAUUGCUAGUGGUCUGUCUGAUGGCAUUGCUUGA